AUGGAGACUGUGAGGAGGUGGAGGGCAGACUGGAGGUAUCCCACUACUCUGUUGUGCCUUUAUGGAUUCUUCAGCACAGUUAAACCUCUGGAGCCUUUCAUCAUCUCUUACCUGACAGGACCGGACAAGAACCUGACAACAGAACAGGUAAACAACCAAAUAUUCCCGGUGUGGACGUACUCUUACCUAGCUGUGUCGGUGCCGGUGUUCCUGCUGACUGACUGGCUGCGUUACAAGCCUGUGGUGGUGUUCCAGUGCGCCGCCCUCUUCAUCACCACAUCCAUGAUACUCUGGCUGAAAAGUGUCGCAGCCAUGCAGGCCAUGCAGUUCUUUUACGCGGUUGUGACAGCCAGCGAGGUGGCCUACUUCUCCUACAUCUACAGUAUGGUGGAUCUGAAGAGGUACCGGAAGGCCACCUCUUACGCCCGCAGUGUGCAGCUCCUGGGGUACACGGUGGGCUCAGUGCUGGGCCAGCUGCUUGUCAGUUUCGACCUCAUGUCCUACGACAACAUCUUGGUGCUUACUCUAGUUCUCAUUGCCGUCGCUCUCCUCGUGUCCUGCCUCCUGCCAAUGCCACAGCAGAGCAUGUUUUUUCACAGCUUACAUACUGGACAGAAAACAGCAACAGAGGGAACAAAGAGGCAUGUAGAUGGGACGGUGGAUGCAACAGAACACACAAGCAGAGCAGACGUAUCCCUGGAAGGAACGAGAGAUGAGAAGGCAGAGAGCGGAGGAACAGAGGAUGAAGCAGGAGUAGGAUUGGAUGGAAAGGAUGAGGAUCUUGAGGAGUCGGUUGGUGCAGAGAGCUGCGGCCGAGUCCUCCUCCAGCUGUGGAAGGACUUCCUUCAGUGCUACUCCUCCAGACAGCUGCUCUACUGGUCAGUGUGGUGGGCAAUGGCCACCUGCGGCUAUAACCAGACUGUCAACUAUGUGCAGGUGCUGUGGGAGCAUGUGCAGCCUUCUCAGAACGUCACCAUCUACAAUGGAGGCGUGGAGGCCGUGUCCAACCUGUUGGGAGCAGCAACAGCCUACAGCAUAGGCUUCACUGAGGUGAGAUGGGAGCAGUGGGGAGAGCUGGCCCUGGGGGGUUUCUCUGGACUCGGGGCAGCUGCACUCUUCCUCAUGACCUUCAUCGGCAACAUCUGGGUCUGCUACACUGGUUACGUCAUAUUCAAGUGCCUGUACAUGCUGCUGAUAACAAUAGCCAUGUACCAAAUUGCAGCGGACCUGUCAAUGGAAAGAUAUGCACUGGUCUUUGGAGCAAACAACUUUGUAGCACUGGCGCUACAGACGAUCAUCACGGCUGUUGUGGUGGACAGUGGAGGACUGGGCCUGGGCAUCAUCCCUCAGUUCACCAUAUACGCCAGCUACUUCUCACUCAUCGCUGUCGUGUUCUCACUUCGGGGUCUGUUCACCCUUUGGAGAGCGCAGAGCAGCGACAGAGUCGAGUCCACCCCACCCGUCCAAACUGAACCUCCAGACUCUGCUUUAAAUUACUGACUGCAACACCAUGAAUAUGAGUCUUCUCUUUUUCUCUCUUUUAUAUACAAAUC